CGCCUGCGCGGUGCAGAGCCGCGGGGUUGGAUAGGCGCCCGUGAUCCCGCGUUUCCGUCUGGCUCGAGGACCAACCGGCGGAUGCUGGAACGGAUGUUGGCUGCCGGCUGCGACCCGGGCCUGGGUCAGUGAGGAGCCCUCGGUUCCGCCAGGCCGGUGUCCCCUUCCGCACCGCUGUACUAGUGGGGAGACGGCCGGUGUGCGAGUCGAGGCCAAGGCUCGGUGCAAGCUCCCGCACUGCUCCUCGCGGGCUGAGGUGAAGAACAGAACCCGCUUGACCACAGAACCCCCGAGGAUUAAGGGACAUAAAAACCAUUUUUAAAUUAUUUGGUUUGUUCGGCCUGACCAGGACUAGAUGAGACCCUCUCUAUUGCUAUUACGUAGGACUAUUAAAGCGUGAAUGUUGUCCCCAGGACAUUCACGUUAAGACCUUUAAUAGCUAUUAAACUGCUUGGUAAAUUAUAAUUAGUGUGCCUGGGAACCAGUCUCUCAUGACACCAAAAUAAGUUAAAGUAGGCUGGCAAUGGAUCUCUAAAGAGGCUUUUCUGACCCACCGAUGUACAAAUGAUUUCAUUCCUAAGUAGUUGGACUAUCAAUUAAGCAACAUUUGCUGCCCCUCACAAUGAAAACAAGAUUUUCAAUAAUGAAAGUUCUAACACACAGUUGUGCUGUCUCGCUUCAGGUUUUCUGUCAGAUAUUCCACUGUAAUAAUGCUGGAGUUAAGAAGUCUCCAUUCCUUCACUGUACAUCAGAGCAAUUUAUCUGCACAUAGAAGUGGAGUAAUGCAUAAACACAGCUGGCAAAUUAAAGAUUUUAAUGACCUAAGCUCUGUGCUGAAAUAAGAUUAAUUGGACUGCAAGUGCCAUCUUAGGGUAACCCAAAUCUGUUACUGGAACCAUGAAAGUUUUGCUGGUGUUUGACUUCGACAAUACAAUCAUAGAUGACAAUAGUGACACCCGGAUUGUACAGUGUGCUCCAGACAAAAAGCUUCCCGUGGAACUGCAAGAUUCUUACCAGAAGGGGUUCUGGACAGAAUUUAUGGGCAGAGUCUUUAAGUAUCUCGGAGAUGAAGGGGUGAAAGAGGAUGAAAUGAGAAGAACAGUGAUAUCCAUGCCUUUCACUUCAGGGAUGGUGGAGCUUUUCAGCUUUCUAAGGAUGAAUAAGGAUAAAUUUGAUUGCAUCAUUAUUUCAGAUUCAAACUCAGUCUUUAUAGAUUGGGUUUUAGAAGCUGCUGACUUUCAUGAUGUCUUUGAUAACGUGUUUACUAAUCCAGCAGCUUUUGAUAACAGUGGUCGUCUCACAGUGAAGAAUUGCCAUGCUCAUUCUUGCAAUCGGUGUCCAAAGAACCUUUGCAAAAAUGCAGUUUUGGUAGAAUUUAUAGAUAAACAGUUAGAGAAGGGAGUGAGAUAUGCACGGAUCAUUUAUAUAGGAGAUGGUGGAAAUGAUGUCUGUCCAGUGACCUUUUUAAGGAAAAAUGAUGUUGCCAUGCCACGGAAAGGGUAUACUCUACAUAGGACUCUUGCCAGAAUGUCUCAAAAUCUUGAGCCUAUGGAAUCUUCUGUUGUAGUUUGGUCUUCAGGUGUUGAAAUAAUUUCUCAUUUACAGUUUCUAAUAAAGGAGUAAUGUGCCAACCAUUGAAACGUGUAUUAGUUAAGAUUGGGCUGACUAACAUAAAGCUAACCCCCUAAUAUUAGUACCUGUAGGAAUGAGAGGGUCUCCUCUUUAAGGAAUUCUGGUGAUAUUUAAGGGCUUUGUUGCUUGACCAACCUCAGCUUUUGGCUCCAGUCAGUGCCCUAACAGCAAACAUUCUGGCCAGCGAGAACCAGGGCACUGGGGUUGUAACCCUUUGUUUAAGGAUAGUUUCCAGUUGUACCAAGCAGUUCUGUUUCAAAUACCAUUAGCCAAAAAUGAGUCAGUGCCUUCCCUAACUACAAAUACAGCAUUCAUUCCAGGUGGCGUGUGCCCAGGAAAAGGUGGAAGAAGUCAUAACUGAGGUAGAUGGGACUCAUGGUCUAGUCUAAGGGUGGUUAGUGAAUUGUAUUUUUUUAACUUAUUCCUGGAAAAGGUGGCCUUAUUUUGCUCAUUUAUUUAAAAAAUAUACCCAGUAGUUAGAAAUGUUGAACACAGCCUGAUGCACUCAUGCUCUGCUGAGCAGGUCAUAGAGACGUGUGUGUUCACCCAUAACCCACUGCUCGCUCGCUCACUCGCUCGCGCUCUCAUUCCCGCAUUACACACCAGAGGUUGGAUUUCUCGUUCCUGUUCCGUGAGUUUGCCCCUUAUAAUAAAAAAAUAUAAUUAAAAUCUUUUGGACUUAGCUUGAGAUUCUUUGACUCAUGUCCUCACCCCCCAUCCAAGGUGGCUCAGCAUGGGAAUUACACAGAGCUGCCAAGGCCUUAGGCAUGUGCAUGCUUGAAUGCAGUUGUGACGAGCCAAUGUGUGUCCAGUCGGUGGAGGAGCUUUGUGCUGAGCAUAAAGAUCACCUAAUUAGGAUUGAUGACAAACUAGGAGCAUUUUUAGGCGUCUGUGAAAGCAAGAGAGGAAACCACAUAAACUGUCGUGUGUUAAAGAUGCCAUUGAAGAGUCCUUGAAAUGCAAGAAAUACCAGCUUAUUUUCUCCUCACCCCCCACCCCUGGCAAGAAAAGAUGGAUACUUUAUUCACAUAAGAAUAAAAGGCUUUUGGGGGCUGGAGAGAUGGCUCAGAGGUUAAGAGCACUGACUGCUCUUCCGAAGGUCCUGAGUUUAAUUUUCAACAACCACAUGGUGGCUCACAACCAUCUGUAAUGAGAUCUGGUACCUUCCUCUGGCCUGCAGGCAUACAAGCAGGCAGAACACUGUAUACAUAAUAAAUAAAUCUUUUAAAAAAGAAUAAAAGGUUUUCAAAUGUAUAUAAUAUCCUCUAAAAUCUAUUUUUAAAAUAGGGGUGCAGUACUUUAGGUUUUAUUUAUUUGUGUGGGUUGAGGUAUGCCAUGGUGCAUGUUUUGGAGGUCAGAAGACAGCCUAUGGGAGUUGGUUCUUGUUCCACCCUGUGGGUCCCAGGGAUUGAACUCAGGCCAUCACCAUUGGUGACAAGUGUCCUUAACUGCUGAGCCAUCUAACCAGCCCAUUAUGUAAUUUUUAAAAAAAGAUUUAUGUAUAUGAGUGUUCUUUGGACUUUAUGUCAGAAGAGGGCAUCAGAUCCCAUCAGAUAGUGUGAACAACUAUGUGGUUGCAGGGAAUUGAACAGUUAUUACGAGGCUAAUACUGGAUUUUUAGACUGAGUUGGUAGCACACCUUCCCUUUUUAUUUUAUGGAAUAGUUUGAGAGACACUGUUGGUUCUUUAAGGGUCGCACAGGAAUCCUUGGUUGGGAGAUACUGUAUUAUUGC